AUGGAAGGUCUUCAUGUGGCUAUGGAAGAUGCAAUAGCCAAUGAUGACGCAUUCUUUAUGGGGGAAUGGGAUGAGAGGAAUGUGCAUAAUCUUAUUCAAAUUUUACGGUGUUUUUAUAUGGUGUCGGGUUUGAAGAUUAAUCUCUCCAAAUCUAAUUUAUUAGGGGUUGGAAUGGUCUUUCCGAAAGUCAUCUCUAUGGAUUCUAUUACUGGUUGUUCUCCGGCUGCUUUCCCGUUUUCUUAUCUUGGUGCUCCAGUGGGUGGAUCUAUGGUAUUUACUACUUUUCCCUUUUUCAGAGUUCCUGCUACUGUUUGUAAGUUGUUAGAGUCUCGUAGAGCUCAUUUUUUUGGAGGUAUGGAUGAUGAGCAUAGACAUAUACACUGGGUGAAGCGGAAGACUAUUCUCAAUUCGCGAGAUAAUGGUGGGUUAGAAAUUGAGGGCUUGGAUGCUUUUAACAUGGCCUUACUUUAUAAAUGGAGGUGGAGGUUUGCUCUUGAAGGUGAUACUUUAUGGCUUCGGCUUAUAAAGUUCUUAUAUGGUAAGGAUGGUGGUUUUUUGAAUGGUCCCCGAAAAAAUUUGGGUGGGGGCGUUUGGCAUAAAAUCAUUGGCUCUAUUAAUCAACUACAUGAAAGGGGUGUGGUGGAUAAGAAUUUGAUGAAUAUGGUGAUUGGGGAUGGCACUACGAUGUUUUGUUGGGAGGAUGCUUGGUGUGGAGGAGUGAUCCUGAAAGACAUUUUUCCUAGACUUUAUGUUCUCUCUGAUUCUCAGAAUGCUCUAAUUAUGUAG